AUUUUUUUUCUUCCCAAACCCCCAAGUGUAAAAUAUUUCCCCCCUUUCUUCUUCUCCUUCUCCUGUCUCUGUGCCCUAUCGCUCUCACUCUCGCACACUCUCAGUUCACUCCGUUUCAAAUCGCUCCGAAAAAACUGGUUUUGAUGGCUUGAAUUAUUCUCUGAGUGCUUCUCUUGGUGGUUCAUCGGCAACUCCGGUGCAUUGGAAUAUUUGGAAUUCUGUUUUAUAAAAUAUUGACUUGGAGAUAAGCAAUGGCACCAAAUCCAAGAGUUGCGAGAGCAUUUCGUGCUAUGAGGAGUACUGGCAUCAUUGAAGAAAAAGUGAAACCAGUCUUGAAAAAUCUUUUAAAAUUGUACGACAAAAACUGGGAACUUAUUGAAGAAGAAAAUUACAGAGCCCUCACAGAUGCUAUAUUUGACCAAGAGGAGACACAGCAAGAGGAAAUGGAUGAAGAAGCUCCGACGCAUGAGGAGCCCGAACGUCCCCUAAAAAGGUUGCGCUUAAGGAACCAGAAUGAUCAUGUUUCACCUUCUUUUGGAUUGGGUGAAACUUCAUCAAGAGGGCCACCCAAAGUGGAGGCUGAUCUGCCUGAGACUUGUCCCGAACAACGGUCACAGGAUAUGACAGAGUCACCACAGCCACUUGUUAGAAGCAAAAGAAAGCAACCUGUCUUGCCUAAGCCCGUGUCAAUACAGGAUAGUUUUGAGCCAUCUCAGCCAGGUGCUGCUGACAGAACUGAGCCAUUUGCUACAAGGAGAACUGAAUCUAUUUGGUUUCUCCUCCAGUAUGUCUCACGGGAAAAGGAAAGGAACCUCUCUUACCUCAAAUUGCUCCAAGAAUUUCUGUGAGGUCGCCUCAUGCAGUGCGCUUGAAAGAACUAACGGUUAACACUGGCAUUGUCCUUUCACCCAAGCCGCACGUACAUGAUUCUCGUGCUUUGAUCAAGCCUAAAGAUGAGCCAUUUACUGAUGACAUACUGCAGUCAGAGGUUCCUAGUGCAGUGAUUCAUGGAGAGCCAUUAAGCA